GCCUCUCCAGUGAGAUCCUCCGGUAGCGGAGGGAGGAGGAGGAGGAGGAGGAGGAGGGGGGAAGGGAGAAAAAAAAAAAAAAAAAGGGGGAAAAGCAACCGGAGAGAACAGAGCUGUAACCGGGCCGGGGGGGGCGGGUUGGGCGGGCGGGGGGGGUUCUCUCAGGGGUUCUUGCUCGGCGCGGCGCGGAUCGCUGCGGGCUCCGCGCGGCCAUGGAGGCGGACGGGAGCCAGGCUACCUCGGGGAGCCCCGGCGAGGCGCAGCACGACCCCGGCAAGAUGUUCAUCGGCGGCCUCAGCUGGCAAACCUCACCAGACAGCCUUAGAGACUAUUUUAGCAAAUUCGGAGAAAUUAGAGAGUGUAUGGUCAUGCGGGACCCCACCACCAAGCGCUCCAGAGGCUUCGGGUUCGUUACGUUCGCGGAUCCGGCGAGUGUAGACAAAGUCCUGGCUCAGCCCCACCACGAGCUGGACUCCAAGACGAUUGACCCUAAAGUUGCAUUUCCCCGACGAGCACAGCCUAAGAUGGUCACAAGAACAAAGAAAAUAUUUGUAGGUGGAUUAUCGGCUAAUACAGUAGUGGAAGACGUAAAGCAAUACUUUGAACAGUUUGGCAAGGUAGAGGACGCCAUGCUUAUGUUUGACAAGACGACCAACAGGCAUAGAGGAUUUGGCUUCGUAACUUUUGAAAAUGAAGACGUGGUGGAAAAAGUCUGUGAAAUUCAUUUCCACGAAAUCAAUAAUAAAAUGGUAGAAUGUAAGAAAGCACAACCUAAAGAAGUGAUGUUUCCACCAGGGACGAGAGGAAGGGCACGUGGAUUACCGUAUACCAUGGACGCUUUUAUGCUAGGGAUGGGAAUGUUGGGUUACCCAAAUUUUGUUGCAACGUAUGGCCGAGGAUAUCCUGGAUUUGCCCCAAGUUACAGCUAUCAGUUCCCAGGUUUUCCGGCAGCAGCUUAUGGACCAGUAGCAGCGGCAGCCGUGGCGGCAGCAAGAGGAUCAGGUAGGGGGGCCCGUGGAAGAGCAAACCCUCAGAGUGCAGGGUCAGUCUUGAAUAGCUACAGUGCUCAACCGAAUUUUGGCGCACCCGCUUCCCCGGCAGGCUCCAACCCAGCCCGACCCGGAGGCUUCCCCGGGGCCAACAGCCCAGGGCCCGUCGCGGAUCUCUACGGCACGGCCAGCCAGGACUCCGGCGUGGGUAACUACAUAAGCGCCGCCAGCCCGCAGCCGGGCUCCGGCUUCAGCCACGGGAUCGCCGGACCUUUGAUUGCAACGGCUUUUACAAAUGGAUACCAUUGAAACGUUACACAUGGUUGGUUGCCAUCUCACUUGGAGAGUCUCUCUGGAUGUCCGGGCAAGACGGGGCGAAGUUUCUGAACGGGCCCAUGUUUGGGUGAUCUCAUCAGACUUUGAGCACUACAUCAUCACCGAUAGCGCAAACAAACUGGAGGUGGCACUUGAUGGACUUGGGUUGUUUAAAAUCUCUCUCAUCAUCUCAUGAAUCUGCUGUACUAUAAAAACAACAGCUUUUAAAAGUAUGUAUAUAAAAUCCAUUUCUUGUUCGUUUUAUUUUCUCGAUGGGUUCCCCCCCCUCUUUUUAAACCUCUCCAAACCACAUUUUUUCGUAGCAUUUUGACAUAGUCUCGUAGCCACAUAGUUCUAAUUCUUUGUGUAUCUAGCAAGAGCCUAACCAUAGUGUAACUGUUUAUAUUAAGGGGUUUCUUUCGUUUUUCUUUCCCGCCUCCCCUCCUCCUCCCUUCUGUUUUAUGUAGUCGUUGUCGCUUAAAGGGUGCUGAGAUGGUGACAGGAGUCUCAGCCGCCGGUACCGGCUCUGCGGCCGCCGAGAGCGGCGGGGGGAGCAGAGCCGGCGGCGGGCACGGUUUCGGGGUGGCCUUGCAGGGCGCGGGGGGCACGGGUGAGCAGCAGGUUCUCUAGCCCUUCUUUUCGUUUGUGGCGUCUUCGUUAACCUAAUUCUAUCUAUUUUCGGCAAUAAGGCAAGGACUACAAACUUUUUGUGCGUCCUUUUUCUAUAAGUGCUUUUUUUUGUUGAAAGAGGUGAUAUAAGGUUUUUUGAAAUUGUGAAUUCUGAAAAAAAAAUAAAAAAAUACUGUAAAUACAAUUCCAUUAACUACAUAUAAACUAUUAAGAAAGAGAAAUACAAACCUAUUUUUGUGAUGGAGUCAGCCUAAGGCAGUUUCUCUAUGAAAAUGGAAGAAAAAAAAAAAAGAAAGUUGUAGACUUUUUGACCAACUGCCGGAGCUGGCCGCGGGAGUUCGGUGAUGCACACACUGCUCGGCUCCGUGGCGUGGUGGCCCUCCAGCUCUCCUAGCGUCAUACCAGCAUCUUCGCUCUCAGACGUGCACAGCUUACAAAGGAACAGUCUAGUGGUAUUUUUUUAAUUUAAAAACCUGCUUUUCCCAAGACUGAAAAAGAAGCUACGGUUUUCCUAUUUAACGCAUUUACGGUUCAAAGCACACCUUUAUGGUUGAUUCUUUUUUUUUUUUCUUUUUUUUUUCUUUUUUUUUUUCUUUUUUUUUUAGUUGUUGUUGUUUUAAACUAGAUCAACUUGCUGUCCAGUCAUUUCAGCUGCUCUGGGCGCCCUGCGCAGCCCGGGCGGAGGCGAGGUCCCUCCUCUGCGCUCGCCUGCUGCAGGCAGAGCGGCUUUAAAGCUUGCAUGGUUACCUUUUUUAUCCAUUACUUUCUGUAUUAACAAAUUAGGAAAGCAACUUUGGUUUUGGUUUUCUUUUCUUUUUUCUUUUUUUUUUUUUUCUUUUUUUUUUGGGAAUACCUCAGUGCUGCAAGUUUCACCCUAGAAGCAACGGAAGAUUUUAAUUUAUUGUAGUUGUAAACAGAAUUUUAAAAAAAAAAAAUAAAGUAUAAAACAUCAUUGCACUGUGACUGGUAGGGGAAAAACUGACAGUUUCCUAUUUGCACAUGUUUAAUAUUUGGCUGUUAUAUAUAUGGUCCUCUGUUGGGGGAGGAAACUUAUGAAGGAUAUUUUUUAAUUUAAUUUUUUUAAUAUUGGUAAAUAGGCCUGCAACAGCAAACUAGAAGUACAACAUGGUAGGUGGCAUUAAGAACAUACUGUAGUGUGGAUAUAUUUCUUCUUUUUUUAACGUAAUAUUGACAAGUUUUAUUAAUAUUUUUUUUAAAUUGUUACGUUUAUAAAUUUGGUACUUUAGGUACAGCCAGUAUAAGACACUGAAUGCGACAUUUGUUAAAAAGAGCUGCUGCACUCCUAUUUUUGUAAAUUUUACUAACAAGUAGACUAAUGUAGACGUUCAAUAGACAAGGUAGAGCAAGGCAUCUUUAACAAAAAACAAGGCACCAUACUGCUAACCGAAAGGAGAAAACCUUGUUUUUCUUGUUUUUAAAAAAGAAUCAUGCUUUUUUAUGUAAUAUUUUAGGUUUUUUUCUUAUUUCAGAACAACCAGGUUUAAGCAAAAUGCUGGACGCUUUUUAAAUAUUGAGACUUGAUCAAGUAAUAAAAUAAAUAAAACAAUUCUUUAAAAAAUAAAAACGAAAAAAAAACAACAAACCAAAUUCCCUGAAAUUCAAUGUACUGUCAGGGAAUUUUUUAUUGAUAUUUUGUCAAUGUUGAUGAUGUACUGUACUACCAGUUGGUUUUCCUCUCCAUUCCCUGUCACCUCAUAGAAUAUUCUUUGUUGAUCAUUGUUGUAUGUUAAUAGUGUAUAAAAUGGCUAUCUUGUAAGAGUGCUGUCCUGAUGCUAGUGUAGUGAAUUUUUCCCCCCCUCUUUCUCUCUUCCUCUUCUAGUACAUAUUGGUAGGUGUAUCGUAAUUAAGGUUAAAAAUUUAGAUGUAGUUAUUCAGAUUUAGGACCAGUAAGGAUAGAACUUUCUCUUAUUUAAGAAAAAAAAUGCUAAUAAUUUCGGGAAGGUUUUCCUUUUUUUUUUUUUUUUUCUUCUUCCUUCUUUCCUCUUUUCUUUGGUAUUUUUUUUUUCCUCUUGUUUUUUGGGGUUUUUUUUCUUUUGCUGAUCUGAUGCGGUUUCAACUAACCAAAGGUCUCACAAUGUUUAAAAUGCUGGCAAACUCCUAAGGCAUUUGUAGAUCCCCACCCUUGACUUUGAAAAGGGGAUGUGCCAUACUACCUUAAAUGCUAAUGCUAGAUAUGCAAAACUGGAUUUUUUUAAUUUAUUUUUUAAAAGAGGGAGGCACGGUAUAUUAAAACGAUUUUACUAAGAGAAAAAAAAAUAUUUUUUUAAGAAUGCUCAGAAGAAA